AUGGCAACGUACCACAGACGUCGACGCCGAAAGGUCGUAGCGCCACAACACAACUUCGGCUCACACCAACGCCAUCGUCGUGCUGUAAUGCCCAACACAAUCGAGGCACCCGGUGUGGGUUUGGGCUUUACCUACGAAGAGUUCCUGCGCGUGAAGCAGUUUGAGAUCGACAACCCGUUGCAGAACCUCAUCCUAAGUAUGUUGAAUAUGAACGCGGCUAAGGAGGUGUCUGCCUGGGACACCGAGUACUACAAGGAUGUGCUGAUGAACCCCUUGAAGUCCACUAACAACGUGUUGGUGAUAUGUGCCAUGCUGGCGGUAGUGCUUGUCAUCUGCCUGAUUUGCUGCGGUGGUGUAGCUCUGACUGUUCUGUACUUCAAAGGCCGCAAGAGACGCCUACGCAUGCUGGCGGCACACGAGAAGUCGGACGAUGAUCGCGCCAAAACACUCGACUCCGCUACCAUUGCCAACGCUCCAACCAGUGGUAUGAACUACAACAACAGUGCCGUAUCGCUGUCUGGUUACGGUAACAACAUGUCCGCUAUGAGUAUGAUGGGAGGCACCAAUUCUCUGAUGGGCAAGUCCAUGGCUACUCAGGGGGCGUCGGAUACAUCUGGCAUCAAUUUCCAGAGCACGUCGGCCGUCGAACCAGAAUCACGCCGCAAACUAAACGCUGUUUUUAAAAAAAAUUGGAUCGAUAAGAUGUACGAAGCCAUAUUCGGUGAAACAGAUUUGGAGGCCAAACUCAAUGUCAUGUACGAUAUUGACACCGCAGAAAUGGAACUCCAGCUUGCCGCUCAGCAAUUGCAAUCGCACCUCAGUUUCCGGCCAAGUUCCCGGGCCGGGUCUCGCAUGGGCUCUCGUUCUGUUUCCAGCCAGGGGAGUCUGGGGCAAGGCAGUAUAGCACCUCCCAAUGUACCAGGUCUAUCUCUGACCCCUAAUCUGGGUAUGAGUCCCCAAAUACAGCCCAUGACCAGUUUUGUAGCGGCCCCUACGUCGCUGAGUAUAUCGCAGAAUCCCGCUUUGCAUCUGAGCCAGGUUUCCGGAAUGGCGCCUAUGGGUUCUGUGCCUGUGGCGAAUCAGCCCAACCGCGAAAGAUCGUUGUCUGCUACCUUACAUGAUAUUGACAAUGAGGAGAGCGGUGGAGAUGACUCAUCAGCGAGUAAGGUCAAAAAGAACAAGCAGCCCAAGUCCAAGUGGAGUGGGUUGGACAAGGCUUAUAACAUGAUAUUCGACAAGGUGCUGGGAGCUGACCCCGAGUUGGUUUCAUCGGACGAUGAGGAAUCGUCUGAAUCGAAAGAUCCCACAGACAAGGGGAAGUCAAGCACAGCAUCCCAACUCAGCCACUCCAUCGGUCCAGCCAACCCGAUGAUGGGGACCAGCCUGUUCAACACUACCCCAGCGCCCCAGACCAACCUCUUCAACACUCCCCUGGGGCUGCAACCAACCCAUUCCUUACCUACUGGUAAUAUUCUGGGGGCAAUGGGUGGCCCCUAUGGCUCUGGCGUGCCGAAUGCCAACAUGCCUGGCCUACUGGCACCCAAUCCCUAUAUGCCUGGCAAUACAAGCAUAGGCGGUGUGAAUACCAGUAUGAGCGCUAUGAACACCAGUAUGGCUGCUGUGAACCCGAGUUCAAGCGGAGUGAAUACAACUAUUGGAGGUGCGUUUGAUGACGGUACCGUAGUACAGCCAACAGCCGAGAAUAAGGGCUCGACGAAAAAAAAAUCAGCCGAGACUAGGGGCUCGACGAAAAGGUCUUCUAAAAAAUCCAAGAAGUCGUAGCUUGGACGAUUCGACUAAAUUAAUAAUAUAGGUGCAUGUAAGUCUAGUGCAUGCCAUUAACCACCUGUACAUAAAUGGGAAACGCGGCUUCUGUGAAGUUCAACUACCUCUCAAUAAAACCAUAU